AUGAGUGUCUUUGGGGAUUUUCAACGUGUGUGGGUGCAACGUUUUCCAGACAGUACUUUACCAGCAGCUUGGGAGGAAGAUGUCAGAGCCAAUUUGGCUAAACAUAAACAGAAAGUCGCUAUAUUACGAGAAGAGCUUGAGAAGGAGGAAUUUUACGUGGAAUACCUUGAAACAUUACUAUCAGAUGUAGAGAAACACAAGGCAGCCUCUCUGCCCAGUAAAGUGGCGCCGCCCUCAGGUACUGACACGAGCGACGAUAAGACUUUUGAUAGCAAGCAGGGUUCCAAUACUAAUUCUUUAUCUAAAAAAAGUGAGGGCAGUAUUAGUAAUAAAAGUGAUGACUCAGCUGAGGGGUUAGAUGUAGAGGAGGAAAAGGUGCCUUUACGAAAUAGACCUAUAAACUUUGCUGAAAGAAGUUCUGUUAACCAAUGCAUCAAUGAGCUCUCUUCCAAUCUUGCUGCAGAAGCAGCUAGACGGCGUUGUAAUAGUGAGAUUGUGCAGAGAACUGAAAAAGAAGAUAAUGGUGUUGAAUCAAUAAAUUUCAUACAAGCUAAGAACCGUCCAGCAUCACAAGGUGGUGAUUUUGUAACAGUGAUUGAGGUGAAUGGCCUUAAAGCUGCUGAGAAUGCUGCCAAGAAACAAGACGAGUCACCCCAGACCUCUGAAAGUAGUUCAACUGAUGCUGCUAUUGCUUCUAAGAAAAAAGUACCACCAAAACCCCCACCAAAAGUAUUCAGCCGACGAGGUGCUUCUUUACCAGAGAGUGGCUUACCAGAGGACAGCCCUCCAUCCAGCUUGGGCAGGAGGAUGAGGAAAUCUGAUUCAAGAGAAUCUAUUGCUAGUCGUGGGUCUACACCAUCUAUAAGUGAAAGAGUAAAAAGCUAUGAGUCAAUAAAUUCACUGUCAUCUGAGAGGAAACGUUCUGGUGGAGCAGCUACACCUCGAUCUAUUGAUGAAGAAGUUACAUCAACUACUCCAGACUUUCCUGAAGGCAGUGAUGAUAAAUCUCCACCGAUUUCUCUUGAGAGUAUUCCUGCAGUUGUUCGUAGCUCUGAGGAUGAACCCUAUUAUGAUCAAGUGCCAGUGGACAUAAAUGAUGGAGAAUAUGUUUAUAUACAAGCAGGGGGUGCAGGAUCAAGUACAGAAGAUGGCUCGAGUGGCACUAGCACCCUCGCGAUGGUACCUAGUGCCCCUACGGCCCCUUCAGCGCCAACAGCCCCUGUCGCACCUGAUUCACCUUUGUGCGCGACGGCUCCUAACUAUGUCAACAUACAUUAUUUCAUACAGCAUGGCGUGGACGGUGCAGAGGCAAGUGAAACGAGUUCAGAAAUAACGGAAUCGAAUGAUACACCACUAUUGCUUCGAACUAUUUCUUCAGACACGGAGGCCAGCGCAACUCCUCCGGUGUUAAGGAAACUACAGCAUCAGGUUUGUUUAUAG